UCUCACUAGAAGUCGGACAGAAAGUCAAAUAAUUAGCUAGCACUUAUUCAGCUGUACUUAUUGUUGUGUGGGCUUUCAUAUAUCCUAAAACAAGCGGUUCAGUACUAGAUAAACACAGUCUUGGUGAUGAUCACGGUUUUUUUAACCUACCGAGAUAACAGGUGAAGAACAAGUUAUCAGAUAAACGAUAUUUGUGAAUUAGCUAUCCCCAGCUAUCUUGGAGUUCAUGUAUCGACAAUGACAGGUAACCAGCUAGCAUAGCUAGCUAGCAUUUCAGUGAGUUUAGAGCGUGACAAUAUUCUGUUUCAUGUGUGCGACUGUUCAGGGUGCCUUGGGUACAUAGAUUGCUUACAAUUGAGUUACCAUCUUGACCUCAUCGAACACCUUACAGAUUUCUUUAACUGAACGACUUUGGGGAAUCACUUCACUCAAGCGACUGAAUCGUUUGACCAGCCUAAGAUGUUUGGCAAAAAGAAUAAGCGGGCACCAGCAGCGAAAGGCCAAGGUGCUGCAGCAGCGAAACAGAUGGGGCUGUUCGUUGAUUUCAACCCGGAGGAUAUGAUGGACGUGACCCAGAGCAUGGACGACCCGGAUCUUGAGGCUGAAUUUGCUGCCAUCAUAGGAAAUAAACCAGGCGUUGCUGCUAAAGGGAAAAAGGCAGCCAAAGCACCAUUACCAAUGGAGGAUAUUGAAAAGAUGACAGAGGCAUGCAUGAAAGAUAUUGAUGAUGAUGAUGAUGAUGAUGACAACCUGGAGGAUGAUGACGAUCUCUUGGCUGAGCUCCAGGAAGUGGUUGGUGAAGAGGAAACGGAGGACUCGGGGGCAGUAACCCCCAGCUCUAUGGGCACCGAAGAUACACAGCUAGCUGCACUGGUGCCGCAGGAAUCCAAGUUGACCUCAAUACCUGGGAGCAUUGAGCACACCCUGGAAGAAAAAAUAACCAUGUACAGAACUGCCAUAACCAAUGCCAAAGCCUCGGGGGAGUCAUCCAAGGCCCGCCGAUACGAGAGAGGCCUCAAGACCCUGCAGGGCAUGCUGGCAUCCACACGGAAAGGUGGCAAGAUCAAUGAGGCGGAGAUUCCUCCUCCAGUGGCGUGUGGGCCCCCCGGUGUCCCUGCCCGAGCUCCACCUGUCACAUUGAUGCCUGAGCUGGAGUCUCCUGAGGAGCAUGGCGAGUCGGACAGCGCCGUGGACGUCUCUCCCAUGUCCGGGGAGAUGUCCUUGGUUUCCAUGGAGGCGGCAGUUAGCAGUGAGGAAACGUUCUCCUGUGCCACCUCGCCGGAGGAAAAACAUGCAGGUGGUGUUCCAGAAUCCGACUCAGCCGAAAAAGAAAAGGAAGGAGUGGUUCCAGGAUCCCAUACAGCUCUGGCAGAACAUCCACUGGAACAGCCCACCAAGGAGAUGCUGCUCGAUUGGCAGAAGGCAUACAGAAUUGCAGCUGUAAAAGCGAAGCAAGCCGGAGAUCUAGAGCAAGCCAAAACACACAUGAAAACAAGCAAGGGGUUUGAUGCUGCUAUUGAGGCUCUAGAGAAAGGCCAGACCAUCGACAUGAACAGCCUGCCUCCCCCUCUCUCAGUAGGCCAAGAAGCUCCUGCAAGCCAGUCCACUCCUGGCCAACCCAAGACUGUUCUAGAAGCUUUGGAGCAGAGAAUGGUCAAAUACAAUGAGGCUAGUGCACAGGCCAAGGCCAGCGGGGACGAGCGCAAGGCCCGCAUGCACGACCGCAUUGCCAAGCAAUACCAGAGCGCUAUUCGUGCCCAUAAAGCUGGCCGUGCUGUCAACUACGAUGACCUACCCACCCCUCCAGGUUUUCCACCAAUCCCAGGCCAGGCAGCUGCUGCACCUGAACAGGGAUUUGCUGCUGUGCUUGAAGCAGCCAAUAAGCUGGCCUCUAAUGAAGCAGAUGGUGGGGAAGAGGAUGAGGAUGAUGGAGAUGAGAAACAGGCCAAGGAGGCUCCAGCCACAGACAACCAGAAAAAGCCAACCAUGCCCGUGCCUCCGAUGGUCCAGCGUCCUAAAAGGAGCUCUUCACCUCCCCCAGACAGAAGAGCCAAAAUGGAGAGUGUGUCAGCCACAGCCACAGAUCAGCUAGAGGUUCUUGAAGUCCGGAAGAAGCAGUACAUGAAAGCGGCCCUGCAGGCCAAGCAGAAGAAUGACCUGGAGCAGGCCAGGCUGUUCCUGCGCACAGCCAAGAGCUUGGACCCGCUGAUCGAGGCCGCACGCAGCGGCAAGGCUAUGGACAUGAGUAAGGCACCGUCCCCUCCUGGUGAUGAAGAUGAAGACUUCAUUUUGGUGCACCACAGCGACCUUCAGACCUCCGAGAAGGCUGAAGAGGUGUAUAGUCAACUCACCAAUAUCCUCAAGGAACAGUAUGAGAAAUGCAUGACCCUAUCCAAGCAGUUCACACACAUGGGGAAUGUGGCAGAGACUACCAAAUUUGAGAACAUGGCAGCAAAAUGUAAGAAGAGUUUGGAAAUUGUGAAACUGGCUCAGAACAGGGGUCUUGACCCUCCCAGACACCACUUCGAAUGGAGAACCUACCACACUGUCAGGAUAUUUCCAGAGCUUAGUAGCACUGAUAUGGUAGUGAUAAUUGUAAGAGGCAUGAACCUGCCUGCUCCUCAGGGUGUUGCAUCAAAUGACCUAGAUGCUUAUGUCAAGUUUGACUUCCCCUACCCCAGCUCAGACCAACCUCAGAGACACAAAACUUCAGUCAUCAAAAACACAAAUAGCCCAGAGUACAGCCAGAGCUUCACCCUAAAUAUAAACCGGAACCAUCGUGGCUUUAGGAGGGUGGUGCAGUCCAAAGGUCUCAAGCUGGAGGUGUUCCAUAAAGGCGGCUUCCUGCGGAGUGACAAGCCGGUGGGAACAGCACACAUCAAGCUUGAGAAGCUGGAGUGCGAGAGUGAAGUGCGCGAAAUUGCGGAGAUCAUGGACGGCCGCAAGCCCACAGGCGGUCGUCUGGAAGUGAGAGUGCGUCUGAGGGAGCCCCUGAGUGGCCAGGACCUCAGCACGGUCACGGAGCGCUGGCUAGUACUGGACCAGUCACAGGCCUUUCUUUAACAACACUGGAGAAAACCAUGUCUAGAGGUCGGUCCAACAUGGUCCUCUUCACUCUCUCAUUAGUUGGGUCUCUGCACAGUCUCCAACAUGCUGCUUCUCUUGAAGUUAAGAGAUUAGAAGAAGUGUCACUUCCAUGCAUCUAGAGACACAGAGGUUUGUCCACAUGUUCACUUUGGACAGAGAUGCUAUCAUACUCUGAUAAUACCAGCUUGGACUGUAACCUAAUAGCACACAGUCAGGUGAUUUUUCUUUUCAGAAUUCAAAUAGUAGCUUUUGGGGGGGGGAAGAUACCAUAUUAUUUACUGGUAUUUGAAUUAAAAUAUGUUCUCUUAAUUUUACGACAUUGAUCCCCACUGUUACAGGAGUCAGGUCUAGGUUAGUAGAAACUAACCUUUUUCUUUUGUUGCUGCUUCUCUGGGAUGCAUCUAUGCACUAACACCAAAGUGAUCGCUGUUGCUGUAGCACAGUGUAGUACAACUAAAAAAAACUGUUCUUACUUGCAUUGAAGCACAUACUGCUGCCAUGUUGUUCGAAUUAUUUAGGAUUGAUUUAUCUAUGCAAAAUGGUUUGCAUUGAAUCCCAAAUGUUUUAUAAGACACUGCAACACUUGUUUGUACCUUAAAGGAAGUUCACUGCACGGAUAGACACGGGUUUCCCUAAAGCUCACCCUGCCCUAAGAGCAGUUCGACAGCUUCAUUCAUUUGCAUGACAUUUGAAGCCAUAGUCUCACCAAUGCAAAUGGAAUAAGGCAUCUUCGUAAGCUUUGCUAGCAAGCUGGGUUCUUCUGUCAUCUGGCCUGGAAUAGGUACUGAAGCCAAUAUGUACACACAAUGAUGGGGAAACCUGUUUCUGGUACCAACCCCCAACGGUGAAGCUGUUCAGUGUGCAUGAGAUUUAAACCCAAGGCUAUCUCAGAGUGCAUGCUUACCACCUACUAUCUUUGCACUUCAAAAGCUUCUGAGGGGGUGGCAGGUUGCUCCUUUGGCCUUCUUAGCCAUGUUUACAUAGAAUGUUCUUUUGUGCAAAUUGGAUAAUGUUGUACAAUUUAUUGUUCUUGUCUCUUUAAUAGAUAAAGAAUAUAUUGCAGGAGUCCUUACAUUGCCAAGCCAAAUGAUUGCCAUUGAAAUAUACUUAUUUAAAAGAGCCACCUCUUCCCCUUUUUCUUACCAGUGAUACAUGGUAAUCACAUAACUGUGCUCCACUUAGACAUAAUGUUGAACUGUAUUUUUUUUUUUUAAGACUUUUUGCUUUAUUUCACUACACUAUGGUUCUUUAUUUCAAAGCAUGAACAUUUUUGCCUUUAUUCAGGUUUUAUUGAGACACCAAUGCAUCCUGAGUAAUACUCAAUAAGGAAAUGACUUGCUCAGAAGCAAUGUUCCAUUCCCUCUCUGCAGUGGUUAUGCAAGUUGAGUGGUCUUCAAAUUUAUUUUUCAGACUGUUGCAGAAACACUCAUUAAAAAAACUCAAGACA